UUAGAUAGUUCUAAUCGUCCACUCAAUACUCAAAUACAUGCAAGUUUGUAUUUUGAGUAUAUGGUGAAUAGAGUCUGCAGCAGCUUAAGGUUAGUGAACUGAGUUUCAAGGAUGGGUCCUACAGCAUUUUCUUUUUCGUGACGAUGGAAAAGGGAAAAUCAUGUCACGGACUGGGAAAAACUUGUUUGUACUUUUUCUUUUGUUCUGUCACCAGUCACAGUAAUAAUAAUAAGUCUGCAUGUUCACACAAUUAUACAUUUUCUCAAAUUCUCACGUCUGCACAUUCUGCAAUAAUUCUUGAUCACCUUCUUAUUCUAUAUAUUUUUUUCUUUUAUAAAAGAGAAAUAAAAAUUCCAAGGACGACAAGUAACAGUUCAGCUCUUGGGGUGCAGCUACAAGUAACCAAUCAUCAGCGAGUGGUCAUUGACAAUGGAAUUAUUCAAGUUACUUUCUCUAGUCCAGACGGUGAAGUUAUCGGAAUUAAAUACAAGGAGAUUGAUAACCUACUUGAAAUUGCUAAUAAAGAACAAAAUCGAGGAUAUUGGGAUGUGGUUUGGAAUCGACCUGGAGAGCACAUUAUCAUUGACAAGCUGCAAGCCACAGAUUUUGAGAUUAUUAUGGAAAAUGAAGACCAAGUAGAGGUUUCAUUCUCUAAAAAAUGGAGGCCUUCCAUGGAUAAAUUCACAGUUCCCUUGAACAUAGACAAGAGGUAUAUAGUUCGUCGUGGAAGCUCAGGGCUUUAUCUGUAUACCAUAUUGGAACGUUUAGAAGGAUGGCCUGAUGUUGAUAUGGAUCAAAUUCGGGUGGUUUUCAAGCUCCAAAAUGCAAAGUUUCAUUUCAUGGCGGUAUCUGAUGAUAGGCAAAGAAUAAUGCCAAUGCCACUAGAUCGUAUCACUGGCCAACCUUUGGCUUAUCCUGAAGCUGUUCUUUUAACCAAUCCCAUUAACCCAAAACUUAGAGGAGAGGUAGAUGAUAAAUAUCAAUAUUCUUGUGAAGACAAAGAUAACAAAGUGCAUGGAUGGAUAUCAAAUGAUCCACCAGUGGGAUUUUGGAUGAUUACACCUAGUAAUGAAUUUCGUGCUGGUGGACCCAUUAAGCAAGACCUGACCUCUCAUGUUGGGCCUGUUGUUCUUAAUAUGUUUACCAGUACUCAUUAUGCUGGAAAGGACUUGAAUACAAAAUAUCGAAAUGGAGAGCCAUGGAAAAAGGUUCUUGGCCCUGCUUAUGUCUAUCUUAAUUCUAUUUCGCCUUCUGAAGAUCCCCAAGCUCUUUGGCAAGAUGCUAAAGAACAAAUGUCAAUUGAAGUUAAAAGGUGGCCAUACAACUUUCCUCAAUCUGAAGACUUUCCUUCUUCUGAUCAACGGGGAAGUGUUUUAGGUGAAUUAAGAGUUCGUGAUCGAUACAUCAGUGAAAGGUUAAUCUAUGCAAGUUAUGCUUAUGUAGGAUUGGCAGCACCAGGAGAUGUGGGCUCAUGGCAAAUGGAAGCAAAGGGUUAUCAAUUUUGGACUCAAGCUAACAAGAAAGGAAUUUUCUCAAUAGAAAAUGUUAGAGCCGGAAAAUAUAGUUUGUAUGCAUGGGUUCCUGGUAUCAUUGGAGAUUACAAGUACAGUGUUGAUAUCAUCAUUCAACCUGGAUCGAAGAUUGAAUUGGGUGUUCUUGUAUAUGAUCCUCCAAGAAAUGGUCCAACUCUUUGGGAAAUAGGCAUUCCUGAUCGUACUGCUACUGAGUUCUAUGUACCAGAAGCAUACCCAACACUCAUGAACAAAUUAUACACUGAUCUCCCAACAGACAAAUUUAGACAAUAUGGAUUGUGGGAAAAAUAUGCUGACUUAUAUCCUAAGAAUGAUGUCAUAUACAACGUUGGUGUCAGUAAUUAUAAUCAAGAUUGGUUUUUUGCCCAUGUUACCAGAGAGAUAGGAAAUAGAACAUAUGAGGCUACCACAUGGCAAAUCAUAUUUGAACUUGAUAAUGUAAACCCAAUCGGAGAUUAUACUCUCCAAGUAGCCUUAGCAUCAGCUACUCAUUCCGAACUUCAGGUGCGAGUCAAUGCACAUCGGCGUCUUUUUACAACUGGACUUAUCGGCAAGGAUAACGCCAUUGCGAGACAUGGAAUUCAUGGAUUAUAUUGGCUUUUUAGCAUUCAAAUACCAUAUUUUCAACUUCUCGAAGGAAAUAAUACAAUUUAUCUUACUCAGAAAAGAAGUGAAAGCCCUUUCCAAGGCAUUAUGUAUGAUUACAUUCGUUUAGAAGUACCGGCAGAAACUUGAUGAUAUGUAAAAAAAUAUUUAAUUAGAA